AGGGUGACUUCCCCCAACCGCAGACAGGGGCGACCCGGGGCCUCAGACCUGCUCCCGCAUCCGCUGGCGCCGGGCAGUGGGAAGCCAGGUUUCUCCGCCAUCUCCCAGCCAGGACUCCGCCACCCUCCCUCAGGAUGCCCGAGGGCCCGGAGCUGCACCUGGCCAGCCAGUUUGUGAACGAGGCCUGCAGGGCGCUGGUGUUCGGGGGCUGCGUGGAGAAGUCCCCCGUCAGCCGCAACCCCGAGGUGCCCUUUGAGAGCAGCGCCUACCGCAUCUCGGCUUCCGCACGUGGCAAGGAGCUGCGCCUGACUCUCAGCCCCCUGCCUGGGGCCCAGCCCCCCCAGGAGCCGCUGGCCCUGGUCUUCCGCUUCGGCAUGUCUGGCUCCUUCCAGCUGGUUCCCCGCGGGGAGCUGCCACGCCACGCCCACCUGCGCUUUUACACGGCUCCGCCCGGCCCCCAGCUCGCCCUGUGUUUCGUGGACAUCCGCCGGUUCGGCCACUGGGAUCUUGGGGGCAAGUGGCAGCCGGGCCGCGGGCCCUGCGUCUUGCAGGAGUACGAGCAGUUCAGGGAGAAUGUGCUACGAAACCUAUCGGACAAGGCCUUUGACCGGCCCAUCUGCGAGGCCCUCCUGGACCAGAGGUUCUUCAAUGGCAUUGGCAACUAUCUGCGGGCGGAAAUCCUGUACCGGCUGAAGAUCCCUCCCUUUAAGAAGGCCCGCUCGGUCCUGGAGGCCCUGCAGCAGCGCAGGCCGAGCCCAGAGCUGACCCUGAGCCAGAUCAAGGCCAAGCUGCAGAACCCCGACCUGCUGGAGCUGUGCCACUCAGUGCCCAAGGAAGUGGUCCAGCUGGGGGGCAAAGGCUACGGGUCAGAGAGCGGGGAGGAGGACUUUGCCGCUUUUCGCGCCUGGCUCCGGUGCUAUGGCAUGCCGGGCAUGAGCUCCCUGCAGGACCGGCAUGGCCGCACUAUCUGGUUCCAGGGGGAUCCUGGACCCUUGGCACCCAAAGGGGGCAAGUCCCGAAAAAAGAAAUCCAAGGCCACGCAGCCGAGUCCUGAGGACGGAGUCGAGGACCGUCCACCUCCAAGCAAGGCCCCUUCCAGGACACUUAGGGCAAAGAGAGACCUUCCUGAGAGAACUGCAACCCAGCGGCCUGAGGCGACCAGCUUCCAGCAGGACCCAGAGGCUCCCAAAAUCCCCAAGAAGGGGAGGAGGAAGGGACGACAGGCAGCCUCUGGCCAGCGCAGACCUCGGAAGGCCAAGGCUGACACCCCAUCCUUGGAACUGGAGGGGACCUCAGCCUCUUAGCAGGAGGGUCUCCUUGUUUGCACCCGCCCUUUCUUGUUGCCUUGCCCUGAAUCUGGGGUCUGUCUGAAUUCUCGGGAGUGGGCAGUGUCUGAAUUCUUAGAAGGUGCAAAUGCCCGACAGCUGCUCCCGGGACAACUGUGAUGUUUUUAACUGCACCCCACCUUCCACAUCCCUCAAGCUCAUGUGAAAAAUGCUGUAUUUUUAAUAAACUGAUAAAUGUGAA